UUCGAAGUUUUUUUUGUAUAAAUAUAUAAUACUUUCGCUUUUGGUUAAUUUUUAGCUCGUUUUAAGUGAUCAAAAUCUAGUUAUUUACACGGCUGAUAUAUAUUUUUGUACUUUUGUAAAGAGCGGACGACAUAAUUGGGUCAACAUAAUAAAGAAGUGGUUUGUUUAGCCCUGUGUGAGUCACUCGUCACAUUGUUUAUGAAACUUGUAUUAUGGCUUAGCAAUGUUAUCGUCGUCUAAAUAGUUUGUACAGUGAUAGUGCACCGAUCCCGAUGGAUACGCCGCCCGUUCCGAAGCCGAGGAGUGCAUAUCUGCCACAAAAUGAUCCGCUCAAGCGACCAGUUCCUUUGCCGAGAACAAAAAUCAGUACUAACGACAGAGUUUCGGCCUCGGACAUAUUCAGAUCCAUAAGUACAGUGUCUAAACAGAUAUCCGAGGAUGUGGCGUUGAAAGUGAGCAGCUCGGCCAGGUCGGCCAACGAGAAGAUAGAGAAGUCCAUUCAGGAUGGAUCCAAGUUUGCUAAAGGUACGUUGGAGAAGACGCUCACGACGUCGCGAGCGGUGCGGGACUCCGUUACCAAGUCCGUCAUAGAAGGCACGAGGAGUGCGGGCAUGAAACUGAGAAAAGUGAAAAAGACAGGCUCUCUGGAGGAAAUUGAAGACCAGCGCUGUGUCUCCAUGCCAGUAGUGGAUGUCAGUCUCUUUGACAACAUACAGUUUCAUUCACCACUAUUAGAACAGAAGAGGUAUAAAGCGGAGAACGAAAAUGCCCAAGAAUUGCCAUCGCUCAACCUGAAUGCAUCCCAUUUUGAUGAUCUCUCACUAUUUUCUACAAAUUCAGACUCCAAUACUGACACUGUUAGUAAUUUCUCAUACGACAGCCGAGAAUCAGAUCAAAACAACUAUACCAAUUUGGAAAAUGAGCAAUUAACAUAUGACAUGCCGAAACCUUCGAGAGCGAAUAGUAUAGUAAGCAUAAGAUCAGCACCCGAAGUACCAGAAAGACGGAAGAAAAGAGAGAGCAUCGAGGUCAUGAGACAGAACUCUAUGUAUGAAAACUGGACACUGCCAAAUAGUACCAUAAGCACUCAGACAAGUACAAAUUGUAACAAAACACAGAGACCGAGCAAAAGUACGAUUUAUGAGUUUGAUCCACUCAACACAAGCAAACCUGCACCAAAGUAUGACGGAGUAAGCAAUGAGUUAAUACUACUGGAAUCAUUCUUAAUAGGAGAUACUUACGGUACUAUAGUUACUACAGACAAUUCGGAUGAGACAUUUGAUUUCCGAGACAGUGAAUAUUACAAUCCUCCCACUCCUCCUGAGCGGUUGGACAGUCUGUUUCCUGAGACUGAGACAAAAGAUGAAAAAGUCCCAGUGGACAAGGAUAACAAUUCCAACUGGUUUGUUAGCGAUACAGACUCAUUGCCGAAAGCUGGAGAGAGAUCAACCAGCACACAUUCCGUUAUGCAGAAAUUCUCAAACAUGUUGAAGUUGGACAAUAUGUUAAACAAAACUCCAAAAGCGGUCAUUCCUAAAGUUGAUACAAUAGAAAGACCGCCAGUAAACGGCUUGCCCGUGCAAUUUUACAGUGGUACAUUGACUAAGGUGGUAUCCGGUGGUGUUGAGGACCUGUUCAAGAACACACAGAGUAGAUUUUGUGUGCUGUCAGAACAGAAAUUGUUGUGUUAUACGGAUCCAACCAACUCCGUCUUGAAGGAGUCUUACCCUCUGGAUACAAUCAACUCUUUGCAAGUUGUGUUGCCUCUGUCGUCCAGCACAACAAGCAACUCCUACAUGCUCGAGCUAUCCGUCAGCACCGGAUCGCGAUCUUCUCGAAAAGUCCUCUUCAGCUGCGCCAGCGCGUCAGAACGAAGAAACUGGGCGCAGAAGAUCGCGGAACAUCUAGCUGGGGAGUUCCAGACAAAACAUACGGCAGAGUUCACUAGGUGCGGAUGGUGUUAUUUGAAGGAAGGCGUGAGCGGCGAAUGGAAAGGCGCAUGGGUGAUGCUGAUACGUCGGGUUCUAGUCUACUACACCAGUAAGGAGAGCGGGCUUUGUACCGUCGACCUGAGGAAGACGAGAUGUGUCGUGACUCAAGAUGCAGACGAGGAGAUGAAACAAGUGAUGCCGACGGACGGUAGCGGGAACCUGCUCAUGGAUUGUCCCCACGCCACCAUCUACCUGCGCUUCCCCACCGAGAGAGAUCUCAAGGGAUGGCGAUACAUGGUAAAAUUAGCUGCUCACAACAACGGAGCUCAGAUACACCAUCAACAGUUAACCAAGGAGGAUGUUCCGGCCAUCGUGGACAAGUGCCUAAGCUUCAUAUAUGCACAUGGCAGCCUAUCGGAGGGCAUAUACCGGCGCGCAGGCAGCAACGUAGUGUUAUCAGAACUCCUGGCCCGGUUCCGUAGGGACGCGUGGUCGGUGCAGCUGAGUCCGGGCACGCAUUCCGAACACGAUGUGGCUGGCGUCCUGAAGAGGUUCUUUAGGGAUCUGCCCGAGCCGCUCAUGUCGCAGGCUAAGCGGGAGGCAAUGCUGGCUGCAUUAGAACAAGACGAUCCGGCGGCUCGCAACACCAUCUACCGCCGGGUGAUGUCCUCUCUCCCGAUGGUAGCAAGAAACACGGCGCGCAAGCUAUUCGCCCACUUACACUUUCUACACAGUAUGGCGCACGCUAACAAAAUGAGCGCAGAGAACCUUGCGUCUGUAUGGGCGCCUACUUUAAUGCCAGCUGCUUUGACCAGUAACACCCUGAACACAUCCUGGUAUUCCAAAGAGGUCUACGUAGUCCGCGACCUGAUAGCCAACUACGAGGCCGUAUGGGAGCCGACCGAGGCCGAAAAACGACGCGAGGGGGCCGUUCGAAGAGUGCUGAUGAGGGUGCUUAGCAACAGAGCGCCUUCUGCGCCGAAGGCGGCUGGUGAUUUGAAGGCGUGGAUCUAUGUGAAGGAUCGGACGACGUGCUAUCAAGUCUCGCUAACGCCAAGCACAACAAGCGCGGACAUAUGCGUCCAACUCUCAGAAAAAGCCAACAUCGAUUCCCAUCUCCUCAUGCUGGAAGAGGUGAUAUGCAACGAGUCCAUGAAACGAGUGGUGCAUAUCGACGAGGUGGUGCUGGACGUGGUGCUGCGCUGGGGCUACUGGGACGAGGAUGAUAGGAAGGAUAAUUACCUGCUGGUCAGAGAGAAUAAGAUCCUUCACGAAAUGGAGGCGAUUAGGAACACGGGGCUAGUGUGUGCGGAGCUGCGGUUCGCCAGCGAGUCCAUGAAGACCUUCAAGCUCCAUAUGUUUGAAUUCCAGAACGGAAAGCUGUGCUACUUCAAGGACAAACAGGGUUCGCACAAGAUUGACGAGUGGAACAUAAAGGAUAUUCUGUGGUAUGUGGGGUACGAGCCGAAAAGGAACCCCCAGUCGCGCUGGGCCAUCACCUUCGUGCCGCGCAACAAGCAAAAAAGGGGCAAGGAUCGUCCGUGGUUCGGGUGCACUAUAGCUGGCGCUGUCACCGAGGAACAACUCAAAUGGACCGCCGCCAUGACAUUCGCCGAACACACAAACAUACUGCCGUCUCCUCGUCUAGUGAUCACGUAACACACACGUCAGGCUGCCUUCUAGAUAAGACGUCAAAUGGGGCAUUUUUCUAUGAA